CCCCCACUCGGCCCCGAUAGCAGGAUUCUAAACUUUGAUAAAAUUGAUUGCAGCUAACAUAAUUUUACGCUUGAGAUCGGCACACCUGGCUUGUUUUCCAGAGUGCUGGUCCUUCGUCUUCCUCAGCCAGUGGAACUCUCCUCGCGCCAUCAUGACGUUCUUCCUAGCACAACCCACAGAGCACUUUGCUUUCCACAAGAGUCGCACGCAAUUCAUCCAACCAGCAGCAAAUCAGCAAUACUGUGAAACACAUCGUUCACGGAGUUGAGCAGAAUCACCAUCCUUUCCGACGGGUAUCUGAUUUACUGUCUCGACAGCUUGGGUUAAAACAGAUCCUCCUAAUUGAAGGAAAAUACGAAUUGGGCAUUAUCUGGAAGAACCCUAGGAAAAUCAACAGGUCUUGUUUUCGAAAGUGGGACCCAAAAACCCUCCCUAAAAAUCAGGACAGUGCCCACUCCCAAAUUCUCUGUCUCUCCCUUCCGUGAAGGAGACGUUGUUAUCUUUUAGCGUUCCAAGUUCGAACUCGUGUCUGAUUGUUCCCAGUUCCCACCCAUGGGUCCCGAAAUACGAGUCGUAAUGUAUUUGCGAGGGAACGAAGAAAGAGAUGGGAAUUUACGAGUAAAUUUCGCAUAAAAACAGAAUGUAACGAACUAAACGGAAAAUAAGAGAAAAAUGAAGAAAGAGAAACAGAUCCUUAUGUUUCUCUUUGCGAUUCUCUGCAACUUAUGAAUUUCUGCUUCUGCUCUAAUAUAUUGGAUUGUUGUCAUAAGUUCUCGUGGUCGAUCACCGCCGAGCUUGAUUUAUCCAAUAAGAGAAAUUUCCUCCGCCAAAUUAAGAUAAAGAAUCGAUAAGGUGACAUUUGAUAUCCAUUUCUGAUGUGGCUGGAGAAGGUUUGAGGAAACACUUCCCGUUAUAUGGGAAAGAAAUCGAACCGGGAUUACUCGGUUUUUUCAAUCUAUAGAAAUUCUCAUCCUGGGAAUUGCAUGUGGGGGAUACUUGAUAUUCUUAACUUCCAUCACUGGCAUAGUGUCAGAAAGAUGCUGCCUCAUAGGAGGCAUUGGGGUGGAAGACAUGCUGAGGACGCAAACAAUGAAACAGAUAAUGACGUCCCUGAUAUAGGUGAUGCAGAGGAAUCCAUGCAUUCUGAAGUGGAUGCCCAAGUCUCAAGUCCAGAAAAGACUGCAGAGGCGAGUCUAACCAAGAGGAAAUCUGGUAAAGCCCGCAUAAGAAAAUUGAUUGCUGAAGCGAUGUCUAAACAUGAUCACCACAAGCAUAGGCCAAAAGCACACCAUUCACGGUUGUGGAGAACUGAUUCCUUCCGUCAUGUAGGAGCUUCAGCCCAAGAUCAAAAUGAGGAUGAAUGCAACACUCCAACCUCAAGCGCAUGGAAUUUAGUCAGACAGAAUAUUCCCUUCCAUAAGUACUGUGAGGUGUGUAGCAGCAUUAGUACUUUAAAAAAUCUGGGUGUAGACCAGCUAGAUGAGCUGAAGAGGUUGAUAAUUGAGAAUGAAACUGAUAUUUCAAGCCAUCCCAUGCCUAAGAAGAAGGCUUUGAGUGAUAUGGAGCUGCACAGAGAUGUCACCCUUUACCAGUCAAAGGAAUUUCUGGAGGCUCUGGAGGUAUUUACAGUUAAAAAGGCAUUGUUUUUGAAAAUCUUAGAGGACCCAGAUUACGCUUUAGCCCAUCACUUCCAGGGAUUACGGGCCUCUAAUGUCAAGAGAGGAUUAGCACGGUCAGGGACAUUUCCUAUAGCUAGUCCUACAGAGGAACAAAUAAUGAAGCGCUUGAAGCUAAAAACCCAGCAGAAGGAAAAGGCACAACUGCAAGGAUUGUUGGAGACUGACAACACAACUUCAACGGUAACCACAACUGAAUGCUCAGAGGAUAGCAAUGCAGCAAGUACACCAUUAGGGCCUGAUAAUAGUGCAGAUACUAUAGACAAAGGAAUCUUCUUUGUUGAUGAAAACAAAUUAAAUAUGGAGUCAUCUCCAGGUACGUCCCAUGAGUUGAAAAAGCGGAGACGUAGAUUCAAGGAUUUUAGGCAAAAAAUAAUACAUGCAAUCAGGGAGAGCAGAAAGGAGGUUUACCACCGUGUUUCUAUGGAUGCAAUCCUUCACAAAAUUCCAUAUGGCCGCAGAUUUUCUAGGAACACAAGAAAGGAGAUGUGUAAACAUUGGAAAGAGUCUGCAAUGGACAUAAACAGUAAAGACAAAAUGAAAAGUACUAACGAGUUUGAAUGUUCUGCUCGGCUCUGCCAAAUGAGAAGGACGGCCUCUCUGAAUGAAUCCCUAGAUAGGUAUGCUCAGUUAUUUGAGUCCAUUUGCAACCAAGAGGCCAAGCAGCAUCCAGUUGACAGAUUAAGGCUGACAAAAGAAGAUGGGUGUUCACAAGUUCGACGUACCUCAAAACCAAAAUCCUUAGGAAGGAUUCUCUCUCUACCUGAUCUUGAGUGUUACCGUUCUCUUCAGAGUGAGGCAACAUCUGAUAACGUUGGUUUUGGGAAACCGUCGGUGUUUUUGGUGAAUGGUAAUGAAUGUAAGACAUUAGGUAUAGGUAAACCUAUAAAGGAAGAUUACACUCAAUCAGAUGCUUUUUCAGAAAGUAGGCACCAGAAGCAGUUGUUAGAAGUAGAUGAAACUAGUCACUUUGAAAGAGGUAGGACGGGAUUGGAACUGGGGAACAGCGAUAAUGAUCAUGUUGAAGGGGGUGAGAGCGGAAAAGGUGAUCCGAAAAUGAGGGAAUGCAGUUCCAUUUCUCUAUACGAGCAUGCUGCUACUGUCUCCAAUAACACAUGUUGUAAGCUGGCACAGCCUAGUCCAAGUUCUGUUUUUGACUUCUCUCUUCAAGAAGGUGUAGCCAGCCCUUCAGAAGUUUUCACCUCAAAAGCAGGUCAUGAGUUAAAGCCUAGGUGCAUACAUUUUGACGAGACAGGUACAUUGGAUUCUUCUAGUGUGGAUAGUAGCCCAACAGUUAAGGAGAAUGUAAGAAUCCCGAGGAAGACUUUUGACAGUGACUCUCAUUACAUAAAAGUGGAUAAGAAAGAUGUGGCCGACUUCAAUUAUGUAAGAGAUCUUCUGAAGUUAUCUGGGUUCACAGGGGCUAGGUGCUUGGGAACUUGGCAUGCACCUGACCAGCCAUUGCACCCUUCCUUAUUUGAAGAGAUGGAGUAUCUAUCUCCAUAUAAAACAGAAUGCACUGUAGGUGAGAUCAGCGACAGCUAUUAUGAUCACCACCAACUUCUAUUUGACACCGUUAAUGAGGUAUUACUGGAAAUCUACGAAAGAUCAUUCACCUAUUGGCCGGGGCCUUUGUCUCGUAAUAGCUCCACACGUCCGAUGCCUGCUGGAUAUAAUAUUCUUAAGGAGGUGUGGGGAAUCAUUAGCUGGUAUUUAAGUUCACAGCCAGAAGAAUACUCUUCGUUAGAUUACGUCGUGACUCGAGAUCUAUCAAGGGUGGAUGGCUGGAUGAACCUUCAAAUGGAUUGUGAUUGCCUGGGGCUUGAAUUAGAAGACUUAAUUUUCGAAGAUCUAUUGGAGGAAGUUAUUUGCAGUCGAGAUUGUCGCUACCCAUCUGUAGCACACUCUAAGUCUAAUAUGCACUUCAACCAUUGAAGUGUUAGAAAAGGAGUUUUCACGCAUAGUUACUGCCGGGUUUGUAUGUAUAUUUUUAUUUUACUUUGUCAGUUGAAAACUUCACCCUGAAAAUAGAGGUGAUAGUAAGAAGAAGAUUAAAAAAGAUAGUCUUGCUCCUGUAUGUAGAUUUACUUUACUCUAGCAAUACAGAAAGUUAAGCAAUAAUAAGCAUUUUAUUUUCCUCA